GGGGGCCGACGAUCCACGGAAGACGGUCGUUUCCCGGAAGGCUGUACACAGCUGUAUAUACAAACAAGUUGGAAUAUUACUGUCAUACACAGCCGUUCCCGAAGCAGCGCUGGUCUCGAUGUCUGAUUGACAAUGGGGGUUCCAGUGGGCUCAAAUACUGGUGCAACUGUCAAAAUGUCUCCCAGUUCUACAGAGACUUCUUCCAUUAGCCGGACUGCGUCUUCUCUGACUGGGGGUGGACGUCAGCCUGUCUGUAAGUCCAGUAUCGGUCAGUGUCGGUGCAGGUGUGCGCACGCCAGGUUGCAGAACUUUCUGCUACCAUUGACUCUUCUUAUUGCUGUUCUUGGACUUCUCGUUGCUGCACGUGCAAACUUUAGAGAGAUUAACACCUGCGGCUUAAGUGCAGAGGAUAAAAUAUUGUUACAAGAAUUACAGUCAUUAAAACAUCUACUCAAAGUUGACCAGGAGGAGGAGGAUGACUUGAGUCCACAAGAGAUACUGACAAAUCACUUUCAGCAGGUCAACGACGUGGUUGAGGCAGACGCCAAUGACGUCGACGCGGGCGGCUUGCCACUACUACAUCGUUUUGCACGUGCGGCAGAUACUACGGCCGCUCCUCGACGCAAGUCCAGAAAACCUAAAAAGCGGGGAAAAUCCAAGUCCAAGUCCAAGUCAAGGUCAAGGUCUAAGGCGUCCAUCAGAGCCGCCCACUACACGCCCAAGUUCUGGACAGACAGAAAGGAAGAGGAAUUUGGAACUGAUACAAUGUGCAUUAAUGUGGCGAAAUGGGGCGGUCGGGCCUGCAGAAACCGAACUCUUGAAAUGAAAUCUGGGAGUAUGAAGUUCUUCCAUCCUGCCGACUGGGUAGAGAAGAACCGCCAUAUCCACAUGCCCGCCACGCAGGACGAGAAUGGGAAGUUCACCAUCACGGAGAGCGGCCUGUACCUGUUAUAUAGCAGUGUGAGUGCUAGUAUUCUGUUUUACGACAGUAAGCUGAAACAGAGUCAAGCUAUUAUGAAGAACAACCAGCGUCUGUUCAAGUGUAUGGAGGGCGUCGACUAUAUCAACAUGACAGCAGGGAAGACCUACAACUCCAAGUACCGGACCUGCAGCAAUUCAGGUGUGACAUAUCUGGAAAAGGGGGACAAGAUAUCGGUGGAUCUCCUUUAUGAUAACACCGUCCUUGACCUCUCAGCCGACUCUACAUUCUUUGGUCUGGUGCAACUACUUCCGGGGUCAAAGAAGAAGAAAUCCCGAUCUUAGCCAGAACCCCGCUGUGUGCAUCGAACUGUAGAAUCAUUUGAGCGUCAUCUUAAUCAUCAUCAUCAUCAUCAUCAUCAUCAUCAGCUGUACUGACCAUGGUGUAGUGAGGUGUUCAUUCCUCGUUAUUUAACAAGUAACGGUUAAUGGGUGACAUGGACAGACUGCUACGUCCCCCCUAAGAGGAUAGUCCUUCAUUCCAUCUGCAUUGUAAAUAUCACAAUUAAGCGAUCAUUCGUGUAUAUAGUUGUCACAUUUCAGAAUCUCUGUAUAUACAUUAAACAUGACUUCGUAUCAUUGUGUACAUUCCGCUCAUAGUGUUUGAGGUGUUCCUUGUUCCUCCCUCCUGACAUUCAAUCCCUCCACACAGUAGACGAGCAGUGGAUUAACUGACACUCAUUCCUGUUUCAGGCAUCUAUAUUGCACAUAUACUCUAAAUGAUGUAAUUACCUCACCCAUCCCUGCAGCAACAGAGGCUGAUAAGGGCUCGUGCAUGUUGCAUAGCAACUCAUAAAACGAGUUAUGCAACAGUUCUUCUCCAUCAUGUCGUUCUAGUUGUACCUUAAAGGAGAACAUACACUUUGUGCUGUCUUCAUUAAAGUCACAAUGUGCACUAUGUCACUCAAUGUGGUACACCCGUCCCUAAGAUACCCACAAGUAGAGGUAGAACGAGUGAUAUACCCGACAUUCUCCACGUCAAGCUUCACAUCCAUCUUGUAUGUAAAAUCACAUUGACAUGAUUUUCUAAUAAUUAAUUAACCAUGAAACGUCAACGCCAGGGAUUAACCAGUACUGCUGUCGGUAAAAUAUAUAACUAACUUCUCACUUACAUAAUGCAUUGAACACUUACUAUUCCAACGAUGUUCACUGUGAACUGACUCUAAGAAUUAUAUUGAUAUGCAUACUUGUAGAUAGUCAUGCCUGACCUAAUGAUUAUUGACGUGUCAGUAUUUACAUAGAACUGUCAUACAGUCAUUGUUAAUACAUAAAUCAGAGUAGGUUGAUAUGUCAUACAGUCAUUGUUAAUACAUAUAUCAGAGUAGGUGGAUAUGUCAUACAGUCAUUGUUAAUACCUAUAUCAGAGUAGGUGGAUAUGUCAUACAGUCAUUGUUAAUACAUAUAUCAGAGUAGGUGGAUAUGUCAUACAGUCAUUGUUAAUACAUAUAUCAGAGUAGGUGGAUAUGUCAUACAGUCAUUGUUAAUACAUAUAUCAGAGUAGGUGGAUAUAUCAUACAGUCAUUGUUAAUACAUAUAUCAGAGUAGGUGGAUAUGUCAUACAGUCAUUGUUAAUACAUAUAUCAGAGUAGGUGGAUAUGUCAUACAGUCAUUGUUAAUACAUAUAUCAGAGUAGGUGGAUAUGUCAUACAGUCAUUGUUAAUACAUAUAUCAGAGUAGGUGGAUAUGUCAUACAGUCAUUGUUAAUACAUAUAUCAGAGUAGGUGGAUAUAUCAUACAGUCAUUGUUAAUACAUAUAUCAGAGUAGGUGGAUAUGUCAUACAGUCAUUGUUAAUACAUAUAUCAGAGUAGGUGGAUAUGUCAUACAGUCAUUGUUAAUACAUAUAUCAGAGUAGGUGGAUAUGUCAUACAGUCAUUGUUAAUACAUAUAUCAGAGUAGGUGCAUAUAUCAUACUGCCUUGGGCGGGAGUUCUGAAAUAGUGAAUUGUGAGUCAGACUUUAAAAGGGAUCGUCGUCCCGAGUUCAUACAAGGCACUUGGCAACAAUAUACAGUUUUAUGUAAAUAUGUAAAUGAAAAUACCGACUAUUUCUCCUCUCAAGUAUGGACAAAUACAAUAUUGUCAUGGUGUGUUGUCUCUCCCUGUUGGUAUAGUGUAGUGCUGUGUGCUUGUCUGGGGAGAUAGUGAAGGAAGCUGUCGGCUAUACAUCUCUAAUGUUUUUGUUGUAAAUAUUGUUUAUUAAUAAAACCUAAGAAAAGUGUA